CAAUCAUCAACACCCCCACCCAAUUGCGCUUAAGAAUCGAGCACACCGAAGUCAACAGACCAAAACACUUCAAAGAUGGCGCCACCGUCGACGCCAGACAAAUAUCCGCCGCGCGAGGCGUUCGAUAAGAUCAUCACCAUCAACGUCGGUGUGAAGACCGAGGACGCAGUCGAGGGCACCAACACUUUCAAGGUGCACAAGGGAGUCCUGUGCUUCUAUUCGGGCUACUUCAAUGCUUGUUUGAACGGCGACUUCGUUGAAGCACGGAGCGGAGUCGUUGACCUCGUGGAGGAGGAUCCGGACAGAUUCAAGGACUUUGUGGGCUGGCUCUACACCAGGCAGCUUCCUGUCGAUCACGAGAGCAAGGACGUGGGCGAACAGUGGAGAGACGUCUUUCGCUUAUGGGUCUUUGCCGACAAACGUCAGGUACCACUACUGGCAAACAGAUGCAUCAACGCUCUUCGGGAGCUUAACGUCGUCCGCUGGUGCGCACCCACCACUGAGCUGCAUUUCGUCUACGCGAACACCACAGCCGAUUCCCUACUCCGCCGCUUCCUGGUUUAUCUCAUCGCGAUGGUAGCAGGCCCUGGAGGUGAUAGGUUGCUUGGCGAUAGUCGCGAUCGCUAUCCUCCCGAUGCUCUUUGGGACAUACUGAAGCUUGUUUGGGGCAACGGUAGCAGCAAGGCCGCGAGUAUGAGCGUUCAAGAAAUCCUGGCCAUCGAUUUGUGCAAGUUCCAUCAGCACGAGGAUGGCGUGCGAUGUCCUCCGGAGAGUACGGCGCACAUCAAGAAGAAAGAGAAGUCCUGAACGACUGGGCUGUCGAAAUGUCAAGUCAAACAGCGGAGACCAAGUAUCGGCCAUAAGCCUCGAGUAUGGCAUGGUCAGCAACAGGUCUGACAGUCGUACGGGAGGCUUGACCAUUUUAGCAAUUCAGAAGAUGAUUACCGCAUGCCUUCGAAUAUGGCAAGCC